GUUGUUGUUGACGCAAAGAAACUUUCUCUACUUUUUUAUUUUAUAAUAAAAAUAAUUUUCAUCAUAAACAAAUUAUUACUUUCUAUACAUUAGUGUUGAUAGUGUUAAUUUUCAAUUUUUUUACAAACAAAUAGGAGGUCUGUUUUUCGUCCAUGUUUAGCAACAAAGUGAAAUGUGAAAGAAUCUUUAGUUCAAAGGAUAGAGCUUUCUUUCUCUCUCUUUCGUUUGUGUAUUAAAAAAAAAAGAAAAAAAUAAUUACAUUGUCGUUCAUCGUGUUCAAUUAUUUCCUACAUUUCUGAUUGUGACUGCUUCAUUUAUUUUGUGACGACGCUGAGAUAAGUUUUUGUAAACAAAAAUUAGGAUUUUAUAAUUAAUUAAAGCUGUACCUCAGCAAUGUCGAAACUUCCUAAACGAAGAAUUGAAGUUGUUGAUCCAUACGUCAAGCGAAAACCUGAUGGAUCCUUUGCAAGUACUUCACCUGCAAUUGCAACGCCUUCAAAAUCUCAAAUACAACUUAAUCCCUACACUGGAUUGCCCUACACACCACGUUAUCAUGAAUUCUAUAAAAAACGAAUUACAUUGCCUGUAUUUGAAUAUCGAACGGAUUUUAUGCGACUUUUGGCACAAGAUCAAUGUAUUGUCUUAGUUGGCGAAACUGGCUCGGGGAAAACAACACAAAUUCCACAAUGGUGCGUGGAAUAUUCCAAAAGUAUAGGAAGCAAAGGUGUCGCAUGUACUCAACCUCGUCGAGUCGCUGCAAUGAGUGUAGCGCAGCGUGUUUCCGAAGAAAUGGACGUUGCCCUGGGACAGGAAGUUGGUUACAGUAUUCGUUUCGAGGAUUGCAGUUCGGCAAAAACAAUUUUAAAAUACAUGACAGACGGUAUGCUUUUACGUGAGGGUAUGUCUGAUCCAAUGUUGGAUGCUUAUCAAGUGAUUUUACUUGACGAAGCUCAUGAAAGAACAUUAGCGACAGAUUUAUUGAUGGGUGUUUUAAAAGAAGUUAUCAAGCAAAGAAAAGAUCUUAAAUUAGUUAUUAUGAGCGCAACAUUAGACGCUGGUAAAUUUCAACAAUAUUUCGAUAAUGCACCAUUAAUGAAUGUUCCGGGUCGAACUCAUCCGGUGGAAAUUUUUUACACACCUGAACCAGAGAGAGAUUAUUUGGAAGCGGCUAUUAGAACUGUCAUUCAAAUUCACAUGUGCGAAGAAGUGGCGGGUGAUUUGCUUUUAUUUUUAACUGGUCAAGAGGAAAUUGAAGAGGCUUGCAAGAGAAUUAAAAGGGAAAUGGAUAAUUUGGGACCGGAAGUUGGUGAACUUAAAUGUAUACCACUAUAUUCAACCUUACCACCGAAUUUACAACAGAGAAUUUUCGAACCUGCCCCACCGACAAAACCAAAUGGUGCAAUUGGUCGUAAAGUUGUUGUAUCAACAAAUAUUGCAGAAACCUCUUUGACUAUUGACGGUGUUGUUUUUGUCAUUGAUCCUGGUUUCGCGAAACAAAAGGUAUACAAUCCUAGAAUAAGAGUUGAAUCGUUGUUGGUUUCACCGAUAAGUAAAGCCUCGGCUCAACAAAGAGCUGGACGUGCCGGAAGAACACGGCCUGGAAAAUGUUUCCGACUUUACACUGAGAAAGCGUAUAAAAAUGAAAUGCAAGACAAUACUUAUCCUGAAAUUCUUCGCUCGAAUCUUGGUAGCGUCGUGUUGCAAUUAAAGAAACUCGGAAUUGAUGAUUUAGUACAUUUUGAUUUCAUGGAUCCUCCGGCACCGGAAACAUUAAUGAGAGCCUUAGAAUUAUUGAAUUAUCUUGCAGCACUUGACGACGAUGGAAAUUUAACAGAUUUAGGAGCUGUAAUGGCCGAAUUCCCAUUGGAUCCACAACUUGCAAAAAUGUUAAUCGCUUCUUGUAAUCACAACUGUAGUAAUGAAAUUCUCAGCAUAACUGCCAUGCUGUCAGUCCCACAGUGCUUUGUGAGACCAAAUGAGGCGAAGAAACUGGCCGACGAAGCAAAGAUGCGAUUUGCACACAUUGACGGCGAUCAUCUUACACUUUUGAAUGUUUACCAUGCUUUCAAACAAAACAUGGAAGAUCCACAAUGGUGUUACGAUAAUUUCGUGAAUUAUCGAUCAUUAAAAAGUGGUGAUAAUGUGAGACAACAAUUAAGCAGAAUUAUGGACAGAUUUCAAUUGAAACGAACAUCUACUGAUUUUACCUCCAAAGAUUAUUACAUUAAUAUCAGGAAAGCAUUGGUAAAUGGUUUCUUCAUGCAGGUGGCACAUUUAGAGAGAACUGGACACUAUCUUACAAUAAAAGAUAAUCAAGUAGUACAACUUCAUCCAAGCAGUUGUCUGGACCAUAAACCAGAAUGGGUUAUUUAUAAUGAAUUUGUCUUAACCACGAAAAAUUACAUCCGAACAGUCACUGACAUUAAACCUGAUUGGCUGUUGAAGAUUGCACCACAGUAUUAUGAUUUACAAAAUUUCCCUCAAUGCGAAGCUAAGAGACAAUUGGAAGUAAUUCAAAGUAGAAUUGAAUCGAAACAAUUUCAAGAAGGCUUCUAACCCUUACAAUUGCUAGAUCAGUACAAAAGUCUUUUGAAAAUUGGUUUAAGUACUUUCUAAAUACUUAACAUUAUUUCAAAAAAAAAAAAAAAAAAAAAAGAAAAAUAAUUAUAAUAGUUCAGCACACUUUUAUUAGUGACUCAUUGUUUGUAAAAAAAGAAAAACAGAAUGAAAGAAAGAAAAAUGAUAAAAAAAGCCAUCAUCCUUUUUUUUAAAAUAAACUUCAUUUAAAUAUGUGGAGAAAAAAUACAGUUCAUCAGAUGCUGAAUGUCGUGAAUAGUAAUUUAAAAUUAGUUUAUAUCAUUAAUUAAAUUUCUAAUUGAGGAUUAUUCAAGUAACUCUCACUAAAAAUAGAAAAGAUGCAUUGCUAUUAUUUUGCAGUUGAACAUUCUAUUUGUACUUUAUUUAUGAAUGUUUUUUUUUUUAAUACUAAGUGAAGAAAAAUUGAGUAUAAAAGAAAAGUGAGAAGUGAAUAAUAAUCUUUUUUUAUGGUCUAAGUUAGAAUGCCUUAAUUAGUAGUUGAAAUUCAAAUUAGGACUUAUAGAUGUAAUAGGAUCAUUUUGUACUGCGCGUUAAAUAGUUACUGACAUGUCAAGAAUAUUGAUUUAAAAGGUGUAUUACUCUUUUAAGGCGUUUUGUGACUAAUAAACAUGUAGUUUUUCUGUA